ACUCUCUCUGACUCUCCCACACUCUAUCUGUCUCUGACUCUCUCUCCCACACUCUCUCUCUCUCCCACUCUCUCUCUCUCUGACUCUCUCACUCUCUCUGACUCACACACUCACUCUGUCACGCUCACAAGACAACAUGUCUGAGUCGGAGCUUCUAAAGGAGAGACUGCUGACCCUAACGGAGCGCCACCACGUGCAGCAGGAGAUGAACUUGAAGAGAAGCGACAUUGACCAGGAGAGACAGAAAUUCAACCACUUGAAGAACAAGGCGCGCAGAGAGCAGUGGCUCAUGGGAAAUCCGGCGCAGCCGACUCCGGCGCAGGACGUGGAGGUCACGGCGCUGGGACAGCGGAUCGCACGGAUGGAGCAGGAACUGGGCUCCCUGGAGCAGCUGGAGGCGACUCUGGCCGAGAGGGGCCGACGGGUCUCGGGGAAACUCCACGCGGUCGAGGAGACGGUGGAGAAAGCACGGCGGAAGCUGCAGGCCGACUCUGACGAGGGUGAGUCUUCGCGUUGCCGUGGUAACAACGCACGGAGGCCUCUGAUUGGCCCAUAUGUCGAUCGAUCUACAUAAGCAUUACAUAUUCAUGAUGUCGUCACAAAGAAGCGUGCACAAAUUAUGUUAAUCUUUGUCCCAAAGAAGAUCGCCGUCGACUGAACGUGUUUAACAUGUUAAU